GCCGCGAAACAAGAUGUGUCUAAAUACCUCCGCUCGCUUCCUUCUAACACAGUUCAGUUGACUGAUCGCGAUCGUUUCCUUGCAUAAAAGCACCAAUCUAUUCUGGCUCGAUCACGUUCCAAACAUCUUAAGGUCGAUCGAUUGGUUUCAAAAAGUGUCGCCGCGUCGUUCCGGGGGAGUGAGUGACCGCCCCCGAGGAUCUACUUGUGCGUCUGUGAUCCUCGGCACCAACUCGCGCAAUGAGAAUAAUUGAUUACUUCAACAACAAGUGCACCGAAAGUGGAUGAGCAAACAGAUACGGUGACACGGCCGGCAAACGCCUCGGCCAAGAGUGAGUGGGAGGAUCAGUGAUAUUCGAGCCGUUGGAGGCAAAAGCGGUCACUUUUUUCGAUUUCGGUGUUCAAGGAAGUAUUCUGGAAGAAAGUGGUAGCCUAGAGGCCACGCGAGGACGUUUAUCGCAUUAACCCAUAUUCAAUAACCCCGUUUGGUCUGCAAAGGAAGAAGUCAGCCACUCAUGGAAACCAAAUACAAUCACAACCCCGAGCUGAACGACAACAUCCGGCUGCCGGUCAAACCCAGCCACUACAGGGAGCAGUACGAUCCGCGCAAUCCGGAGAUAAACGACGCCUUUAGCAACUAUCGCGAGCUAAACAAGGGCAAGUCCAAGCAGUACGAUGCCAGCAAAUACAACGACUACCACGAGCUGCAAGCUGAAUUCAAAGAGUUGAAAGUAAAAAAGAAGAAGAAGAGCAGCGCUAAAUCUAAAAUGAGCAACGCUCAGCGGAAGGGCCGGAAGCGGAAGUCCAAGAUUAACUUUGAGGGGGAAAAGUUCAAGGACCCGGACCCGUACCAGUUGGCCGUCCGGAAGACCCAGUACGGGAAGCAGCAGGGAAAGUUUAAGUUUGAGGGGGAGAAGUUCAAGGAUCCGGAUCCGUUCGGGCUGGCGAUACGGAAGCAGAGCGGGACGGAUUUGAACGAUAAGGACGUCAAGUAUGAGUUUAUGUCGCAGCUGCACCACGCUCAUCCGGGGUUGGUGCAUGGAAAGUCGGAGUACUGCAACAACAAUGCGUACAUUGCCGAUCUUGACGAAGACGAAGACGACGAGGAGGAGUACGGUAGCGACGCUUCUGGGGAAGAUCGGUGCUCAAAUAGGUCCGCGCUGGCGCAAUUUCUCGCGGUCAGCGUGAAAAACGUCCUCCUGCUGGGUUACGGAAUGACGCUUGGAUUUCCGACGAUCGUGAUUCCUGCGAUUCAGGGCGGUGACGGACGCGAGGCUAGCUUGGAGCGAGACUUUACGCUGAGCAAGGAGGAAAUCUCCUGGUUGAGCUCGAUCAACCUGAUCUGCGUGCCGCUGGGUUGUGUGUUCUCGGGGAUGCUGACGCAACCGAUCGGAAGACGCCGGGCGAUGCAGAUUGUGAACAUUCCGAUUCUGAUUGCUUGGCUGUUGUUUCACUUUGCGAGCGACGUUCACUUUUUGUACUGCGGACUUGCGCUGGCCGGCUUCAGCGGUGGGCUUAGUGAAGCGCCGGUGCUGACAUAUGUGGCGGAAGUUACGACCCCGAAGCUGCGUGGUAUGCUGGCCGCUACUGGAUCAACCUGCGUCAUAAUCGGAAUUCUGAUCCAGUUUCUCAUGGGCAGCUUUCUCCGGUGGAGAACGGUGGCCCUCGUCAGCGCUUCUCUUCCGGUGAUUUCGUUCCUGUUGCUGUUCCUCGUUCCCGAAAGUCCCGUUUGGUUGGCGGGAAAGGGAAAAUAUUCGCAGGCCAAACGUUCCCUUGCCUGGCUCCGCGGAUGGGUUUCCGUCGAGGACGUCGAGAUCGAGUUUUAUGAGAUUCAAAAGCACACCCAGCAGACGAUCGAGAUGGAGAAGGACUACAGCGCCACGGAACGGAUGCGGCUUUACACCAAGCGGUCGUUCCUGCAACCGUUUGCCAUUAUCAGCUUGUGCUUCUUCAUUGGACACUUUUCCGGGAUGACUACGCUGCAGACGUACGCGGUCCAGAUAUUCCACACGCUGAAAGCCCCAAUCGACAAGUACUACGCAACAGUAUUCCUAGGAGUAGCGGAACUGCUGGGAACUCUUUUCUGCGUUGGUCUCGUACACUUCAGCGGGAAGCGCCCGUUGGUUCUCGUAUCCACAAUCGGCUGUGCGUGCUGCUUUUUCGCGGUCGCUGGAUACGCUUUCUUUUUAAAUUCCAUUCCUGGAUCGUCCGUGGGAAACGUGGUCGCGAAUGUGUCCGCAAUCAAGACGGAAAUUCCUGUUAUUCCGCUGAAUCACACCACGGAGCGGCUUACUGCAAUCGCGAACCUCUCCAACGCGAUCAACGAGACAACUGACAGUAUCAGCGGAGCCGUGUAUGACGAUCAAAGCUUCACACCGUACUAUCUGAACGGAUCGUACGACGACACGCUCAACAGUAGCAUCCGAUACGGAGAGUACGUAAAGUCCGCGAUACCUAAAGAUCUUCUAGUCCAGAUACCGAACGCAAGCGAAAACAAAUACCUCUGGCUACCUCUAACGCUUCUGCUGGCCAGUGCAUUCCUCACUCACAUGGGCAUCCGCUUGAUUCCGUGGAUGUUGAUUGGCGAACUGUUCACUCCAUCGAUCCGAAGCGGAGCCUCCGGUAUCGCCGGAGGUACUGGAUACAUAUUCGGCUUCCUAGCGAAUAAACUGUUUCUAAAAAUGCUCGCCACCCUAACCCUCCCAGGAACAUUCUGGACGUAUUCAGCAAUCACGUUCAUAGGUGCGGCCGCUCUCUACAAGUUCCUUCCGGAAACGGAAGGCAAAAGUCUUGUGGAAAUCGAAGCAUUUUUCAUGUCCGAGCGCAAACGAAGCAUUCAUCUGGACAUCGAAAAUCCUCCUCCAAAGCCAAAACCACGAGGAUUUGCAACGGCAUUCGCCCCACCUCCACCCCUGCCACCAAGACCACACCCACUAAAGGACGACGUCGGACGAAUCCGGAAAAUUUCCCAACAAUUCGGAGCCCAAUCACGCAAGAGUUCCACCACCUCCAACCCACGCAAAGCCUCCCGAACAUCGGCCAAGAUCAGCGUUUGCUCCAACAAAUCGUCCAACUCUUCCAAAGGUUCCGUCUGCACCUACAACAUGAGCGGAAGUGAUCGCAAAGCAUCGCGACAAGAGGACAAACAGAAACAACCCUCCCCGGUAUCUCUCUUCGAGAAGAACCACGGAACCCUUACGAUCAGUGAAGAUCCCAAAGAAGUCGCAUCGGAAACCCCACCAGCAAUCCAACGAUAUCGUAAAAUUUCCGAUUCCAAGCAACAACAAAUCCCUCCCGCAGUUCCAACGAUCGUAACCUCGGACGAAACUGCCAAACCCGUCAAAACAAAGCCCAAAAAGAAAAAGCCGUCCACCGACAAAUCCCUCAAGAACUUUGACGUCAAACAGUGGGACAGCAGCAAACGGUUCGAGGAAUUUCUGCGCAAAAGAGAGCAGCAAACGGGCCACGAAAACAGUCCCGUGACUACGAGUCAGCACGAUUUGAAGAAACAGGUUGUAGAUGAGGAGCUGCGAACGGAUGCGCACCUGUUGAAGAUCGGAAUGUUGCGCCAUCGGCAGAACUCGGGCAGUUUGAACACGCUGCUGGAUAUUGGGGGGCGCGAAAAUCGGGGCUUUGUCGGCAGUCGGGUCAAUAUGAGUGAAACGAAGAUGUAACGUAACGGUUGUGAAUAAAGUGUAAAUAGUUGUAGAUAGUACUUAGAAGAUUA